GCCGUAAACCCGGUGCAGCAUGUCGUGAAAUACAACCGAGACGACAGUGUUUCUUCCGUACACUGUUUAUGUUUAUUUCACCCAAUACUGUUAAUUGUGAUCUCGUUUUAGCACCAUGACGACAGAAGUGGUUGCGUUGUGGUGAACGCACUUUAUCAAACGCGUUUGCUUCGCCAGCCAAAAGAUGACUUCAUGUGUUGUAAAAUAAACUCGACAAUGGCAACAUACGACGCAGAAGGACAUUCUGUGGUGGUGGAAGUGAGCCCUGAUAUCCACAUUUGUGGAUUCUGCAAGCAGCAAUAUAACAACUUCGAAGUGUUUCUGGCCCACAAGCAGAGUGGAUGUUCACUACCCACGCAUGACACCCCAUCCACGGCUACAGAAGCUUCCGCUCUUCCAGGUAUAGAGGUAGUUUUAGAAGAGACCUUUCAGACGUGUGUCCUGAGAGGGGUUAAGAAGAUCCUGACCAAACCGCAAAAGACCAAAAAGCUAAAAGGCGCACUCUCAUCCAAGAGAUACAGCUGUUGUUUCUCAGGCUGCACCUUUAAGACACAGUAUGGCCAAAAAGACAUGGAACGGCACCUUAAAACGCACACUGGUGAGAAGCCGUUCGAGUGCGACUUGUGCCACAAGCGCUUCAGCCGGCGGGACAAGCUCAACAUGCACAGCCGCUCGCACACGGGCGAGAAGCCACACAAGUGCAAACUGUGCCCGUAUGCGGCGGCCGACAGCAGCAGCCUGAAGAAGCACUUGCGAAUCCACUACGACGAGCGGCCCUUCAAGUGCCAGAUCUGUCCCUACGCCAGCCGUAACUCCAGCCAGCUCACCGUACACCUGCGCUCGCACACCGGAGAUGCACCCUUCCAGUGCCAGCAGUGUGACGCCAAGUUCAAGAUCAACUCCGACUUAAAGAGACACAUUCGGGUCCACUCGGGAGAGAAGCCUUACAAGUGUGACCUGUGCGAGUACCGCUGCGCCAUGAAAGGUAACCUCAAGUCUCACGUUCAGAUCAAGCACGGCACCGAGAACGCCUUCCACUGCGCCCAUUGCGAGUUUACGUGCGCCAACAAGAUGGCGCUGCGGCAACACUCGCGCCAGCACCGCCCCGUUCAGCCCAUUCAGUGCCCAAAGUGCACGUACUCCUGCGCCAGUCGCGGGGCGCUCAAAGUCCACGAGAGGAUCCACUCUGAGGAGCGUCCCUUUAAGUGCGACUCGUGCGACUAUGCCUCCAAGCAGCGCAGCAACUUGGUCAUCCAUAACAAGAGGUUCCACUCGAACGCACCCGAGAAGGGGGGAGGCGGAAAAAGAGUGGGCGACGACCCCCCGAAACCCAUCAGCUCUCGUUACCGAGCCAAGUUGGACGCCACUCGAGCCUUCAGCUGUGACUUGUGCAGCGCUUCGUUUGUGAGGGAAGACUCACUGAGGAGUCACAGGAAGCAGCACAAAGAGGCACAAAUUCCUCUGCAGGCGCAAGUGAGCACCUCGCUCGCCCCCGCGACCUCACCGGGCGACAGCACUCAGCUGGACGUCCCGUUUCAGGUAGACUCGUUGGCCCCUUACAAUAGCACACAGCUGAAAAUUAUUGUGUCUUCUGCGGAGAGUCCCAGUAAGAUGAUUCUGUUGAGUCCAGAACACCAGGACAUGGUGGUGAACUCCAUGAUCCAGCAGGUCAAUCUGCUGGGACCUGUGCAACCACCCGGGUUACCCCAAAACGCAGAGGCCACCUUUGUACCCCAGACGGUCCUCUUGACACCACUCCUCCCUGCCGAAGACACCAACAGCCCUCUGCAGCAAACGCUGGUCCACUCGACAAUGGGCGCUCAGGACAACAGCGUCGUCCCUCAAACUUUCAUCACCACUUGCACUGAACUGGAGGACUUGAGCGCCUUGGUCCAAGAGGGCGGCGCAGAGGUGACAGUCGUGACGGAAGGGAAUACCGACACGGUGACCUCAAAGAGUCCGAUCGCAGAACCCACUGCAGGUCCGGGGGAUGGUCGAGGGCAGUGCCUUAGCAUGUGAGCGGCUCAGUGAAACUUUUUAAAUAGACAUUUACUGCAACAUAAGCUACUUUCCCUGGAUUUAACUUUUUAAGGGUCUGCUGUUCAUUUUAGCCGUGUACUUAUCAUGACGCUAGAUAUCAAAUUAUUGUUUCUUCUUCUUGUUAGAAUCUAGACUGUUGAAUUGAUAAAGUGAUGCUGCGAAAAUAGAAUUUGGACUCAUGUACUCUCAUAAGCAGAUGUGGGGAACAUGCAGCAUGUGGGCCACUUCAGGGCUAUGAGUAUAGAACGCUGUUUGAGCAGUUCUUCCACAUCAUCUCAAUUUCCUAACGGACUGUUUGUCCUCACCAAGAUAAAUUCUAAUUCCGCACUACCUUUUAAUAGUUAGACAAAGCAAUUUGUCUGUAUUAUCGGUACGACGUGUUCCAAAUGAAUGCUAAUGACAUUUUGUCCGAUUUUUAUUAAUCGUUUACGCAAAUGCAACUCAGCAUCAUUUUCUAGUCAUCUGUUAGAGAUUAAGUCAAAAUUCUUUUAACAGACUUUCCAAAAACGUUCUCAUUGGGAGCUUUGUUUACCUUAGGGGUACUCCAAGGUUUAUGAAUAAUUUCCAUCUUGACUAGAUAAGAUGGAUAUGGAUGCUGAGAAAUGCUCGAAACUACUUUCCAAAUGUGUUAAUGUGGCCUAAAGUGCAAUUCCAAAAUCGCAAAAUAUCUUUUUUUCCCCGUUUUCUUUUUCUUUUUUUUUUUCUUUCAUAAAUUUUGCGUGGAUAUCGGGGCGCCUCUCCCCUUGAGCUAGAAAGACGACUGAAUCAGCUGGACUGCAGUUCCUCACAUUAUCCACAAAAAGGCAGCAGAUAGGUAUGAUACAAGCGUUCAACUUUUUUUUUUUUUUAAACCUUCAGUUUGACUCCAUUCAUGUCCUUUUCAUGGUGGAUCUUGCAAAUAGAAAAUCUAAACGCUUGCCAAGGUCUUUCUUAAAAGCUGUUUCUCUCCACGGAUUGAUUUUUCAAUAAAGUGCUGCUCUUCAAGCCUC